AUGGCGAGCUUCACAGGCAAGAACGUGGUCGUGACUGGCGCGGGAUCAGGAAUCGGUCUUGCCAUUACACUGACUCUUGCAGAGCGGGGCGCAUCAGUUUGGACAAUAGAUCUAUCCGCCAACCCGCCGGACGAACUCAAGUCAUGGAUCGACGCCGGCAAGGUGCACUUUGAAGGCGGCAUCGACGUUGCCGACCGAGAAGUCUGCAGAAGGUAUAUGGAGAAGGUCGCCGCCGCAGCAGAAAGAUUAGACGGCCUUGUCAACAAUGCUGGAAUUGGCCUGUACGAAGGUCCCAUUGCUUCAGAUGAGGCAUAUGACCGAAUGAUCUCCGUCAAUAUCGGAGGAGUGUGGAAUUAUGGCACGGCCGCUCUUCGCGCCAUGGAGAAGCAAGAGCCACAAGGUCCAUUUGGCUCGCGGGGCAGUAUUGUCAACAUCGCAAGCGGUGCUGGACUGAGAGGCGUGAGCGGCCUGGCCGUCUACUGUGCCACCAAGCACGCGGUGAUCGGUCUAUCUCGGGCAUGGCAGGAGGAUUUUGGCAAAUUUGGGAUCCGAACCAACUCUGUCGCACCAGGUGCGACGGCGACUGCGGCCUUUGUCAAACGCGCCGAGGAGGAGGAAGGCUUCCUGGAUACGCUCCCGAGCAACCCUCUGGGAAGAGUGGCAAAGCCAUCUGAAAUUGCUUCGGCGGUUGCGUUCCUCCUGUCAGAUGAAGCAAGCUACGUGGCGGGUGAAGUCUUGUCGGUGACUGGAGGCCACACAUAA